AUGAAUCAAUGGCCGGUUUUCAGUCUGGAGGGCAAGGUCCCAGCAGUGUCCAGAGGGAUUGACAGUGGUGAGGUCAGUUCCCUGUCUGGAGAGCAGAAGCCUGAUUGGCUGGGCCUUGCCACGCUGCAGCUGAGCCAGGGAGACAGUGGCGGGUCUGGCCCCUGGCAGACAGAGAGCAGCCUGGUAGAGUCCUGGUCCACCGUGGGAGACAUGAUGGACCCCGAGGACACCAAGAGCCUGGACAGCAGCGACGGAGUGGUUCACCUAGCUGAGGAGCGCAGCGAGAACCACUCCUCCAUCUCCGACAUGGUCCACCUAGAGCGGGAGGAGGAGGAGAUGCUGGAGCAGCUCCACCCUCCCCCGGUCCUAGGACCAGGAGCACCACAGCCACCAGAUGAGAGACAAACUAACAACCAACCAGAGUCCUCGGUCUCGCUCCCCGCUGCCCAGGAGACACAGGAAAUCCCACCAGUGACGCAGGAGGUUCCGCCAGAGAAGAUAGAGGCUGAGCCUGCUACAUCGCUCCCUGCCACUGAGCUACCUGUGCUGAUGUGUGGGGGCGUUGCAAUGGUGGCUAUUAGCUCCCUGGAUAAUGACAUCAACCAGCACUUCCAGGAUGCAAUUGAUGUGAUUCAACGGCACUCUGACGAUCCGUAUUGUGAUACAGAGUAUAAGUACUUUGAGCCUCCAACGCGAUCGAGCAUAAUGUGCUGCUACCCCAUCACCCACCCUUUUGAUGUGCCAGGUCCAUAUGACUGGAAUGAGCAAACGUCAUGGCCUCAUGUUGUUCCUUACGACUCACUGGGUCCAUCUGUAACCAUGGACUACCCCCAGUUCUACUCCAUCGCACCGCAACCGAGGAACGGCAAAGGUCGCAAGAAGCUGCGUCUUUAUGAGUACCUGCAUGAGGCUCUGGGCGAUCCCAACACGGCUGACUCCAUCCAGUGGACGGACCGUGGCAGCGGCACCUUCCACUUCAUCUCCAAGAACAAAGAGAAGUUGGCCGAGUGCUGGGGCAAGCGCAAGGGCAACCGCAAGACCAUGACCUAUCAGAAGAUGGCACGGGCGCUGCGCAACUACAGCCGAACGGGCGAGAUCGUAAAGGUGCGCCGCAAACUCACCUACCAGUUCAACCCGUCGAUCAUCCAAAGGCUUGGGGGCAUCAGUCACCAGCAUGCCCCAGCUGAACAGGCUUACUAUGGCUCUGCUGCUGCACCUGACUGGCACAGCUGGUAUGGACAUUACUCCCUUCAGGGAGACUGUGAUCUUGCCACAACCUUCACUUCAUCCACAGUCACCAAGGCGUGA